AUGGAUCAUGAAGAACCUGUUGUAGCUAUAAAUGUGUUGGUUGAAGUGUCGAUGAUGACAAACUUGAACAUUUUCAUGAUUGCAGAUAGAGCAGAUGUCAAAAUUGGUGGCAGUGAACCAAAAUUUGUUGAAAUAAGCAAACAUAUCCAGCUGACUUGCCGGUAUAAUGCUUCCCCACCGGUGUUGGAAGUGCAAUGGUUAAAAGAUGGCAAUGUGAUAGCUCGAAAUUAUAGCGAGAUCAGUAAUGGACGAGUGUAUAUUACACAAUUCACUGAAAGUCAAUCGCAGCUGUUAAUUUCAUCAAGUACCAAGGAGGAUGAGGGAAAUUAUGGCUGCUUUGUGACAAACGCUGUUGGCAAUUCCUCAGAUACAACGUCAGUAAUUAUUCAAGUUGGUCCCAACCCACCACAGAAUAUCACUGUUGGCUCAAAGGGUUCACGAGUUGUAAAUAUCUCUUGGAAUUAUGGUUUUCAUGGAAAUAGUGACAUUAAGAACUAUACAGUCGAAAUCAGUGAAGAUAGUCAGAUCUUUAAAGAUGUGGAUUGUCAAGGAUCACUCUCUAGCAGUGCCUGUGUGGUUUCCAGUCUCUCCACGACUGCCUCUCUCACAGGUCUUCUUCCUUGGACAACAUAUAGUAUACGAGUGUUUGCGACAAACAAAAUUGGCAGAGGCAACAGCAGCCAUAAUCUGAAUGUUACCACAGAUGAAGAAGAGCCUACUGCUGCUCCUUUAAACGUGAGAGGACAUAAUACCAGCUCAACCAUCAUCAUAGUCGAGUGGGAUGAUGUUCCAGCUUUUGAUCGGAAUGGUAUCAUCACAAGUUACAACAUAACUUAUCACUCACUGACAGAGAAUCAUAGUAACAGUACAACAGUGAAUUUUCCAGGACGUCGAGCGACUCUGUUGGGUCUGAAAGAGUUUGUUAACUACAGCAUCACAGUGUAUGCAUCCACGGUGAUAGGAAACGGACCAGCUAGUGAUCCUAUUGUUGUCAGUUCUGAUCAAGACAAACCUUCUGCUCCUCCCGCGAACGUCGUUGGAGAAAGCAACAGCUCGACCAGCAUCUCAAUCACGUGGGAUAAAGUUCCAGCUGCUGAACAGAAUGGCAUCGUCACGAGUUACAGUAUUAACUAUCGCCCACUAACAGAGAAUCGCAGUAACAUUACAACUGUGGAUCAUCUCGCCCGCAAAGUAACUUUGACAGGUUUAAGAGAGUUUGUUAACUACAGUAUCACAGUGUUUGCAUCCACGUUGGUAGGAAUCGGACCACUCAGUAACCCUGUUAUUGUCAGCACUGGCGAGGACAAACCUUCUGCUUCUCCUGUGAAUGUGACAGGGCGUAACACCAGUUCAACCAGCAUCUUAGUCGAGUGGGGUGAAGUGCCACCUGCUGAUCGGAAUGGUAUCAUCACUAGUUACGACAUUACCUAUCAUUCACCGACAGAGAAUCACAAUGACAGUGUAACAGUGGAUUAUUCAGCUCGUCAAGUGACUUUGACAGGUCUGAAAGAGUUUGUUAGCUACGGCAUCAGAGUGUUUGCAUCAACGAAGAAAGGAGACGGACCAUUCAGUGAUCCUAUUAUUGUCAGAACUGACCAGGAUAAACCCACUGCUGCUCCUUUAAAUGUGAAAGGACAUAACACCAGCUCAACCAGCAUCUUAGUAGAGUGGGAUGAUGUUCCAGCUUUUGAUCGAAAUGGCAUCAUCACGGGUUACCACAUUACUUACCGCUCACAAACAGAAAAUCACCAUGGAUUUGCUGACGCUGGUCCCACUGACCGUCAAAAGGAAUUAACAGCUCUUAGAAAGUUUGUUAAUUACAACAUCACAAUACGUGCGUCGACUUCGAAAGGCGAUGGACCAGAAAGCAGUCCUACGGUUGUUAGAACAGACCAGGAAAAGCCCUCUGCUCCUCCUACAAAUAUACGAGGACAAAACACCAGCUCAACCAGCAUCUUAGUACAGUGGGGAGAGGUUCCACCAGCUGAUCAAAAUGGCGUCAUCUUAACUUACACCAUUAGCUAUCAAUCACUGACACAGAAUGACUAUGGCAGGGAAACAGUGGAUUAUUCAAAAACACAAUUUGAACUGACAGGCUUAAAGAAGUUUGUUAACUACAGCAUCACUCUGUUUGCAUCUACCGUGAAAGGAAAUGGAGAUCAUAGUGAUCCUAUUUUUGUUAUUACUGACCAGGAUACGCCCGAUGCACCUCCUCAGAAUGUAUCAGGUUACAACACCAGCUCGACCAGUAUUAUAGUUAUAUGGGAUGAGGUGCCAGAGGACAAACAGCACGGUGAUAUCAUAUACUAUACUGUCAUGUACAAAAAUGUAACACAAGGCCAGUACAAGUCGGUGAAAGUCGUACCAAUAUCUGGAAAUUUUCUUGAGUUAAAGGGACUUGAUAAGUACACAUUCUACGACAUCAAGGUUUCAGCUGCUACCACUGUAGGAAGUGGACCUCAGAGUAAUCUUAUCAAAGUCCGUACAGACGAAGACGUACCUACUGGGGCCCCAACUUUAGUCUCAGCACAGACACUGAACAGCACUAGCAUACAAGUUGAAUGGAAGGCGGUUCCUGAAGAAUCCAUACACGGCAUUCCCAUCAGAUACACCAUUUACCUCACUGGUUCCGAUGGAAAGGUGGAUUCCAAGGUUGUGAGGCCAGUUAAGGAUCAGAAUACAUAUCGAGAGGUUGUUUCUGGUCUUAAGGAAUCUACUGAGUAUUUAUUCCAAGUUUCGCUUUCAACUGCCAAGGGUGAAGGUCCUCUAAGUGUGUCCAAAUCUUCUGCAACUGAACGUGGAUUGUUCUAUUGUCUUCUGAUUCUUAACGCAACACUGUACAUCAGUCAGUUUUCACUGAGGGGUAGUAAUGUGGUCAUGACACUGAACGUGCUUUCAAAUCGUAAAAAGAAACCUAGCUGUUUAGGAGUCGUCUUCAAAUGUGCUGAUCAUUUGACAGUACCCGGCGAUCCAGUUGGCUACAACAGAAGAGAAGGACAUGUGGACUUGAAGAGAAGAGAGUAA